GUCGCUCUUCUGCAGCCAGCUUGCCACAAUUCCCUGAGAUCUCCCAGGUGGCAGCUGCCUCCCCAAGACAGGCUCACUCACCAUGACCAAGCUGAGCGCCCAAGUCAAAGGCUCUCUCAACAUCACCACCCCGGGGCUGCAGAUAUGGAGGAUCGAGGCCAUGCAGAUGGUGCCUGUUCCUUCCAGCACUUUUGGAAGCUUCUUCGAUGGUGACUGCUACAUCAUCCUGGCUAUCCACAAGACAGCCAGCAACCUGUCCUAUGACAUCCACUACUGGAUUGGCCAGGACUCAUCCCUGGAUGAGCAGGGGGCAGCUGCCAUCUAUACCACACAGAUGGAUGACUUCCUGAAGGGCCGGGCUGUGCAGCACCGUGAGGUCCAGGGCAACGAGAGCGAGGCCUUCCGAGGCUACUUCAAGCAAGGCCUUGUGAUCCGGAAAGGGGGCGUGGCUUCUGGCAUGAAGCACGUGGAGACCAACUCCUAUGACGUCCAGAGGCUGCUGCAUGUCAAGGGCAAGAGGAACGUGGUAGCUGGAGAGGUAGAGAUGUCCUGGAAGAGUUUCAACCGAGGGGAUGUUUUCCUCCUGGACCUUGGGAAGCUUAUCAUCCAGUGGAAUGGACCGGAAAGCAACCGUAUGGAGAGACUCAGGGGCAUGACUCUGGCCAAGGAGAUCCGAGACCAGGAGCGGGGAGGGCGCACCUAUGUAGGCGUGGUGGACGGAGAGAAUGAAUUGGCAUCCCCGAAGCUGAUGGAGGUGAUGAACCACGUGCUGGGCAAGCGCAGGGAGCUGAAGGCGGCCGUGCCCGACACGGUGGUGGAGCCGGCACUCAAGGCUGCACUCAAACUGUACCAUGUGUCUGACUCCGAGGGGAAUCUGGUGGUGAGGGAAGUCGCCACACGGCCACUGACACAGGACCUGCUCAGUCAUGAGGACUGUUACAUCCUGGACCAGGGGGGCCUGAAGAUCUACGUGUGGAAAGGGAAGAAAGCCAAUGAGCAGGAGAAGAAGGGAGCCAUGAGCCAUGCGCUGAACUUCAUCAAAGCCAAGCAGUACCCACCAAGCACACAGGUGGAGGUGCAGAAUGAUGGGGCUGAGUCAGCCGUCUUUCAGCAGCUCUUCCAGAAGUGGACAGCGUCCAACCGGACCUCAGGCCUAGGCAAAACCCACACUGUGGGCUCCGUGGCCAAAGUGGAACAGGUGAAGUUCGAUGCCACAUCCAUGCAUGUCAAGCCUCAGGUGGCUGCCCAGCAGAAGAUGGUAGAUGAUGGGAGUGGGGAAGUGCAGGUGUGGCGCAUUGAGAACCUAGAGCUGGUACCUGUGGAUUCCAAGUGGCUAGGCCACUUCUAUGGGGGCGACUGCUACCUGCUGCUCUACACCUACCUCAUCGGCGAGAAGCAGCACUACCUGCUCUACGUUUGGCAGGGCAGCCAGGCCAGCCAAGAUGAAAUUACAGCAUCAGCUUAUCAAGCCAUCAUCCUGGACCAGAAGUACAAUGGUGAACCAGUCCAGAUCCGGGUCCCAAUGGGCAAGGAGCCACCUCAUCUUAUGUCCAUCUUCAAGGGACGCAUGGUGGUCUACCAGGGAGGCACCUCCCGAACUAACAACUUGGAGCCCGGGCCCUCCACACGGCUGUUCCAGGUCCAGGGAACUGGCGCCAACAACACCAAGGCCUUUGAGGUCCCAGCGCGGGCCAAUUUCCUCAAUUCCAAUGAUGUCUUUGUCCUCAAGACCCAGUCUUGCUGCUAUCUAUGGUGUGGGAAGGGCUGUAGCGGGGACGAGCGGGAGAUGGCCAAGAUGGUUGCUGACACCAUCUCCCGGACGGAGAAGCAAGUGGUGGUGGAAGGGCAGGAGCCAGCCAACUUCUGGAUGGCCCUGGGUGGGAAGGCCCCCUAUGCCAACACCAAGAGACUACAGGAAGAAAACCUGGUCAUCACCCCCCGGCUCUUUGAAUGUUCCAACAAGACUGGGCGCUUCCUGGCCACAGAGAUCCCUGACUUCAAUCAGGAUGACUUGGAAGAGGAUGAUGUGUUCCUACUAGAUGUCUGGGACCAGGUCUUCUUCUGGAUUGGGAAACAUGCCAACGAGGAGGAGAAGAAGGCCGCAGCAACCACUGCACAGGAAUACCUCAAGACCCAUCCCAGCGGGCGUGACCCCGAGACCCCCAUCAUUGUGGUGAAGCAGGGACACGAGCCCCCCACCUUCACAGGCUGGUUCCUGGCUUGGGAUCCCUUCAAGUGGAGUAACACCAAAUCCUAUGAGGACCUGAAGGCGGAGCUUGGCAACUCUAGGGACUGGAGCCAGAUCACUGCUGAGGUCACAAGCCCCAAAGUGGACGUGUUCAAUGCUAACAGCAACCUCAGUUCUGGGCCUCUGCCCAUCUUCCCCCUGGAGCAGCUAGUGAACAAGCCUGUAGAGGAGCUCCCUGAGGGUGUAGACCCCAGCAGGAAGGAGGAACACCUGUCCAUUGAAGAUUUCACUCAGGCCUUUGGGAUGACUCCAGCUGCCUUCUCUGCUCUGCCUCGAUGGAAGCAACAAAACCUCAAGAAAGAAAAAGGACUAUUUUGAGAAGAGUAGCUGUGGUUGUAAAGCAGUACCCUACCCUGAUUGUAGGGUCUCAUUUUCUCACCGAUAUUAGUCCUACACCAAUUGAAGUGAAAUUUUGCAGUUGUGCCUAUGAGCACAAACUUCUGUGGCAAAUGCCAGUUUUGUUUAAUAAUGUACCUAUUCCUUCAGAAAGAUGAUACCCCAAAAGGAGCCUAUGGUCCUCAUUUCAACUUCUAAGGUCGCUAGAUUGUUUCUAUCCUGAGGUAUUGCAUCAAUUUUAAUACUCCUAUAGUUUUCUCUUCUUAGAAGAGCACAAACACUCCAUGGAACAUUAGAGUUCUGAGGCACUACCCUAGCUUGUCCUCUAUCAUGACUCAUUUUUAUCUAUGGCAGGUAGGCUGAAGCACUUUGCAGGUUUACAUCUUCCCCAGAGUAGCAGCUUUUCCUUUUCACAUAUACUUUCCUUACUGCCUUACUCAGCGGGUAAGUUAAAGGGCUGAAGGAGAGUUGAAUGGUCCACAAGACGACCCUCUUAGGAGGUUUCACAAAUUCCAAACAGUACCAGUGAGAGCAGCACUUCCACUGGGGCUAGGCUUGAGACCUAAAGGCAAGUAUGAAAUGCAUAUGCUACUUCACUCCCUCUCCCAACCCUUAAUAAUGAGGCAAAGCAAGAGCCUAGUGAAGGCCAAUGCUAGGUUUACAAACUUACCCAGAAGCCUCUGCAAAGCUUCACAGGCUCCUCAGAUGAAAAUAACAGGAAUCAAUGGGGACUACGGCCAGACACUGGUUUGCCAUUCUGUUCCUUUUAAGAAGUAACAGUGCUGCAAGGAAGUCCAUGUCAGAAAGCCAACAGAAGGUGAUUUCCACAACUUUGAACAGGUUGUUGUAAGUAUCAGCAAGAAUGUGUCCUUUUCAGAAAUAACAGUCAAAUCAAUAGAAGGU